AUGGCCGGUGAGCAGUCAUUCGAGCUCCAUGAGGCUUCACGUCCACAAGCUGCAACCCAAAUAAUGCCACCGUACGACGCAGAGGAACCGUAUAGCGUUGAUGUGCGACUACACAAGCGGACGCUUUUAAAGCUCGACUGCUUGCUCCUCCCGUUCCUCGCGCUCCUGUUUCUCUUCAACGCGCUGGACAAGGCGAAUAUUGGCAAUGCCGAAUCCGCGCACUUCACGACCGACAUCGGGCUCGACAAGGGUGACGUGAACACUGCCGUAGCCCUCUUCUUCGCCUUCUUCGUCGCCCUACAACCGGUCGGCGCAGCCUUGGGAAGGAGAUAUGGCAUGGUACUAUGGGUACCUAGCUGUAUGGUGCUCUGGGGAAUCUCCACUGCACUGCAUGCUUGGGUGCGCUAUAGAUGGCAGCUGUAUACAUUGCGUAUCAUCAUCGGCUGUCUCGAGGCUGGGUUUUACCCCGUAACCGUCACCUACCUCUCGCUUUUCUACACGCGCUUCGAGUUCGGCCGACGUUUGUCCCUCUUCUACGGCCAAGCCGCCGUUGGAGGUGCCCUAGGAGGCAUCUUGAGUUACUUCGUCUUUUCCCGCUUCCGCCGUGACAACAUAGAUGGACAGGUGAACACAAGGUGGCGGCCAUGGCAGAUUCUAUUUCUACUAGAAGGCACCUUGACCGUCGUAGUCGCCUUUUUGGGAUACUUUUGGCUGCCACAUAGUGUCGAAACGGCGUGGUUUCUGACACCCGAAGAGCGACAGCACGCAUCUUCGCGAGUUGUGCGGGAUAGAGACAUGCAGAACGUGCCAGCGAAGCUUCACCGCGAGGAGACCGAACAAAGCGGGGGCUACGAUGAGGAGUCUCGCACCCUCUUGAAUUCUUCCGAACCUUCAAAGCGCACACAGGAACGAGACUCGCUCCAUGAUCGCGGUCUAAGCCCUCACGACAUUUUCUCUUCCCUUUUCAACCCUAGGAUCUGGCAUAUACUAGUGUGCAAUAUUCUCUCUGCAGUCCCAGUCUACGCUUUCUCCGUCUUCCUCCCGCUCGUUCUCGCCCCGUUGACAACCAAGUCCAACCCUGCGCUCGUCAAUCUGCUUACAGCGCCCCCGCACCUGUGCGGCGCCAUCACGCUGUUCUUCUUCGCACUAUAUAGUGACAAACAUCGCAUACGCCUCUUUCCCAUCCUGUCCGGCUUGGCUAUCAUGGCCGUUGGUCUGAUUACCGUCACUGCACUCCCAACUACUUGGGUAAUCCCACGCUAUCUCGCGCUCAACGUCCUUCUUUCUGGCACAUAUGUUGCAUCACCACUCACUGUGGCCUGGAUCUCAGGUAACACGCCAUCGCCCGGCAAGCGUGCGUUGCUGCUUGGCAUCAACGGUUGGGGUAAUCUAGCAGGUAUCUUCUCAGCCAUGUUGUUCAAGCCGAAGUACGCCGAAUCCGGCUACAUUGUUCCAUUCUGGUGGACGCUCGUAUGUGUUGCCUUCUCUGCGCUGGGCUACGUGCUCUUCCUGGGACGUCUACGAGCAGAGAAUGCGAAAAGAAAGGACUUACUGAGUCGAUGGAGUGCAGAGGAUGUCGAAAACGAGAAAGCUGGAGGUAUAGGACCACUCCCGCUCGAGCAGCGAUGGGUGAAGAGGGUCAUGGACAGAACAAGAAGAUAUGACAAGAUGACGUGGCUAACUGAGUGGUUGGAAGAAGCAACGCAAGGCGGAAGACAAGGUGAUGACAAGAUUACCUUUACGUACGGGCUGUAA